AUGUUGACUCGCACGAGGCUCGUGCUGGUACUGCUCGUCUGUCUGUCGGUAUCUGCCCUGGCGGGUUUGGGCGGUAGACUGUCCUGGACGCACAGAGCUCUGGCGAUCCAGCAGCCGUCACAGCAUCAGCAGGGACUCAAACGUAGCUCACUCGAUGAUUCUGUUGCUCUGACUUGGUACAACAAGAUAUCAAAGUUGCGAGGGCAGCUACAAGACGAGGUUGCCCACUUCGUCUCGCACGGUUCAGCAGCCGUGCGAUCGGCCUGGACGGGCGAUGGCAAGCUGUCACAGCUACGACUGGAUCUGCCAGGACCGGAUCCGGUUGCUUUCCCCGUCAUAUCGACUCAUGAUGCCAACAUAUCCGAGUUUGAAGCUUGGAAAGUCAUACCGCAUGCCUCCCUCGAGGAAGCGCUCAGCGACCCGACGAUGACGUAUGCCGAUGAGGCCGAUGCACUGUGUGCUGCUUCGGGUCUCUUUGCAUUCAGACCCUCCAGACAGUCUCGUCGUUUCAAGCUCUUGCCUCAGUACAUCGAUGCUUUCCUCAUUUUGCCAUCGCGUGAGGGCGCGCAGCGACAGCGAGCGUCUGGCGAGCACGACGCGCUUGUCGAACUUCGGAUAAGAGAGCUAUGGGACGACAUAGAUACUUUCGUCAUCCUCGACGUGGUCUACUCGAAUCGGCCUGCUGCGCGUGAGAACGAGUGGGCGAAAGUGGCGCGAGGUAAAAAGGGUAGAUUCUGGUUUGCUCGUCGCAAAGUCCUGUAUCAUACCCUAAUCGUCCCAUCACCGCAAGACUCUGACGAUGAGCAGCAACUACUCUUGCAAGCUCAGUCUGAGAUUUCGUAUAUCUUGAACAAUCAGGUCAAGCCAAGGAUCGGAUCGAUGGUCAUACAGUCUCUUCACAACGAGAUCCCUUCACGGCAGGCACUUUCCCUGCUCAAGCGAUGUACAGGCUAUCCGUCGCUUUUGCAUCUCGCUCUAGAGCCGACUCGCCAUCGGUUCCAGGCCUCCAGCGAGGCUAGACUGUCGCGAGCUCUCGCCCCGGAUGCGACCUGGAAGGCCGUUGCGCAGACAGUCGAUGCGCUGCGAAUGGCAUACUUUGAGCGCUUCAACGCAUCACACUCGUCGCGACAAUCUGUCUAUAUCCUUGCACACGCCGGUUGGCAGUGUCAUCACUGUCACCUCGACCCCACUCGCGCGUCGUGCAGCACAGCAUCAUGGAUCUCAUCUACCUCACAAGCGCCGAGCAUUCCUUGGCGCACGCUUCGGCACCAUCGCGAUGCACAACAUCUGCCGAUCGGGCCAUUCGCGCUUGGUAUGCCACAAGCCGCCGCUGACAAAUUCGCGCAUUUACGCCCCUGCGAUACCUCAUUACCACCACCACCGAUACAUCGUCGCGCCAGACGUCAAAACAGACACUCUUAG